GCGCCAAGCAGGAGGAGUUUUAUCAUAUCCGAUGCGUCUCUGUUGGAGGACUGCUAUUUAUGACAUCGGGCAAACCAUUGCUAUCUUCAUCUGAGCCACCUGACCUUUAUUCUCAUCCUCACCUCCUUAAACGUCAUACUACCUCAUCACCACCUUCCUCAGCAGCAGCAGCUUUUGACGACCCACCUCAACAUACCAGUAGUAUUACCACUCUGUACACUUUGAAGGAGGACGAGUUGGACUCCAAUUUUUCCCCACUUAGACGGAUAGGUUUUCCUGACGAAUCUGUUCGACAUCCUGCUGCCACAAAGGGGAAGGGGUUCCGUUCCGCUGAGCUUCGGUUCCACCGGGAAUUUCAAGUGGAAUGUCCUUGGAGAGAGAGGAAACGCCUGGUUUCGUGGGGUGGAGCCAUGGAUGCUCACCAUGAUAUCGCUUCCUUUGAAGUUUCUUCAGUGCAAUCCCCGGUGGCUUCAUCUCAGUCAACUUCUACCAGAGCCACCCAACUUGACUUGUCUAGGGCUUCAUCUCGGGUUCAGGAUAAGUUGAAUAAAUCUCAGAGGAGUAGACACAAGAGCAUGCAGUUGGAAGAUAACGUAAUGCACCAUGAUAACCCUAGAUUGAUCCACAUUAAUGAUCCAAAGAAGACUAACCAUAAAUUUGAGUUCUCUGGGAAUGAGAUUCGAACCAGCAAGUAUACAAUUUUAAACUUUCUGCCUAAGAAUCUCUUUAUUCAGUUUCACCGUGUUGCCUAUUUAUACUUCCUUGCCAUUGCCGCACUGAACCAGCUUCCACCUCUUGCUGUUUUUGGGAGAACAGUCUCUCUUUUUCCUCUGCUUUUUGUGCUUUCUGUAACAGCUAUAAAAGAUGGUUAUGAGGAUUGGCGAAGGCACAGGUCAGACAGGAAUGAAAAUAACCGGGAGGCUCUAGUGCUUCAAGCCAGUGAAUUCCAACAUAAGAGAUGGAAAAAGAUGCAGGCUGGUGAGGUUGUGAAGAUCUGUGCUGAUGAGAGCAUUCCUUGUGAUGUGGUGCUGCUUGGGACCAGUGAUCCAAGUGGAAUUGCUUAUAUACAGACAAUGAACUUGGAUGGGGAGUCAAACCUGAAGACCCGGUAUGCUAGGCAAGAAACAAGUAAGUUAGUUCUUGAAGGGACUACCAUUUCUGGGGUUAUUAGAUGCGAACAACCUAACAGGAAUAUAUAUGAGUUCACAGCCAACAUGGAGAUAAAGGGCCAAAGGUUCCCACUAACCCAAUCAAACAUCAUUUUGCGUGGCUGUCAGCUGAAGAACACAGAAUGGGUAAUUGGCGUGGUGGUUUAUGCCGGACAGGAGACUAAAGCUAUGCUAAACAGUGCUUCAUCUCCAUCUAAAAGGAGUAGAUUGGAGACCUACAUGAAUCGAGAAACUUUUUGGUUGUCUGUUUUCCUCUUAACCAUGUGCCUGGUUGUUGGAAUAGGGAUGGGUCUGUGGCUUAAACGCCAUAAGAAUCAGCUUGAUACAUUACCUUAUUACAGGAGGACUUACUUUCCAAAUGGAAAAUCUCCUGGCAGGCCAUACAAAUUUUAUGGGAUUCCGAUGGAGGCCUUCUUCUCCUUUUUGAGUUCUAUAAUAGUUUUCCAGAUAAUGAUACCCAUAUCUCUCUACAUCACCAUGGAGCUGGUUCGGUUAGGACAGUCAUAUUUCAUGAUUGGUGACAGGCAUAUGUAUGAUAAUAGCUCCGGUUCAAGGUUCCAGUGCAGAUCCUUAAAUAUUAAUGAGGAUUUAGGUCAAAUCCGCUAUGUAUUUUCUGAUAAGACGGGAACACUUACUGAAAACAGGAUGGAAUUCAGAAGAGCGAGUGUUUGCGGGAAAAGUUAUGGCAGGUCCCUUUCGAUGACUGGGACAUUGGAGGGCACCAAUAUAGGAGGGGAACGAAAGUCAGCCCUCCUGGGCCGAAGAAGAUGGAAGCUUAAAUCAGAAAUUACUGCUGAUUUUGAACUACUGGAAUUGUUGCAUAAAGAACUGUCAAGUGAGGAAAGAGCAUUUGCGCAUGAGUUUUUUCUGACACUGUCAGCAUGUAACACUGUGAUUCCUAUUCUUGCUCGUAGUCCAUCUUCAAGCGAAGCAGAAAGUGACUGUUGUGACAAUGUUGUGACCAUUGAUUAUCAGGGUGAGUCACCUGAUGAACAAGCCUUGGUUGCUGCUGCUUCUGCUUAUGGUUAUACUCUUUUCGAGAGGACAUCUGGGCAUAUUGUGAUUGAUGUGAAUGGUGAGAAACUAAGGUUGGAUGUCCUGGGUUUGCAUGAGUUUGACAGUGUGCGUAAAAGAAUGUCUGUGGUUAUCAGAUUUCCAAAUAAUGAUGUCAAGGUAUUGGUGAAAGGGGCUGAUACGUCGAUGUUCAGCAUCUUAAGGAAAGAUGCUGCAACGGAUGAUCAUAGAAGACAUGCAACUCAGAGUCAUUUGACUGAAUAUUCAUCUGAAGGCUUACGUACCCUCGUAGUUGCUUCCAGGAAUCUUUCAAGCGAAGAGCUUAAGGAGUGGCAAUGCAUGUACCAAGAUGCUAGCACAUCGUUGACUGACAGAACUAUAAAGCUGCGUCAGACAGCAUCACUUAUUGAAUGCAACUUAACUCUUCUUGGUGCCACAGCUAUUGAGGACAAGCUACAAGAAGGUGUUCCGGAAGCUAUCGAGUCUCUGCGACAGGCUGGAAUAAAAGUGUGGGUACUUACUGGAGAUAAGCAAGAGACUGCAAUUUCGAUCGGUCUUUCUUGUAAGCUAUUGACGGCAGAAAUGCAACAGAUUAUAAUAAAUGGAAAUUCAGAAAAUGAAUGCAGAAAACUCUUGUUUGAUGCAAAGGCCAAAUAUGUUUUGAAAUAUCGCAAUAACCAGGAUUUGAAAUGGACAAGAGAUGCAGAAAGAGACUACCUUGAGAUUCCUGUUGAUAUGAAGUUUCCGAACUCUCCCCAGCAGCACGGUGGACUGGAAGAAGGAUCUUUACAUGCACCUUUAGCUCUCAUAAUUGAUGGGAGUAGCCUGGUAUACAUAUUGGAGAAGGAUCUGGAAUCUGAGUUAUUCGACAUUGCAACUGCAUGUAGGGUUGUGCUAUGCUGUCGUGUUGCGCCUCUGCAAAAGGCUGGGAUAGUUGACCUAAUUAAGAGUCGGACUGAUGAUAUGACUCUUGCAAUAGGUGAUGGGGCAAAUGAUGUUUCCAUGAUCCAAAUGGCGGAUGUUGGUGUUGGAAUAUGCGGUCAGGAAGGGCGUCAAGCAGUGAUGGCAUCAGAUUUUGCUAUGGGACAGUUUCGCUUUCUGAAGCGCUUGCUUUUGGUGCAUGGGCAUUGGAAUUAUCAACGGAUUGGUUUUUUGGUUCUCUACAACUUCUACCGAAAUGCUGUUUUUGUACUCAUGCUUUUCUGGUAUAUAUUGUGCACAGCAUUUUCGACUACCUCUGCCUUGACAGACUGGAGUAGUGUAUUUUAUUCUGUUAUCUAUACUUCUGUGCCUACAAUUGUUGUUGGUAUUCUUGACAAGGAUCUAAGUUGUAAGACACUACUCCAGUAUCCUAAACUCUACGCUGCAGGCCACAGACAGGAGAGUUACAAUAUGCGCCUCUUCUGGCUCACAAUGAUUGACACACUGUGGCAGAGCCUUGUUCUUUUUUAUGUGCCUUUGUUCACCUAUAAGGACAGCAGUGUUGACAUUUGGAGUAUGGGUAGCUUGUGGACUGUUGCUGUUGUUAUCCUUGUUAAUAUUCACUUGGCAAUGGAUGUUCAGCGAUGGGUAAUAUACACUCACCUUUCCGUAUGGGGUUCAAUACUCAUCACUUAUGGCUGUGUUUUGGUAUUGGAUUCUAUACCUACAUUCGCCAAUUACGGCACAAUAUACCAUCUGGCAAAGUCGCCUAUGUAUUGGCUCUCCAUUUUGCUUAUAACAGUUCUCGGAUUGCUUCCCCGCUUUGUUCUUAAAGUUAUAUAUCAAACUUUCUGGCCUUCAGAUAUCAUGAUUGCUAGAGAAGCAGAGAUACUGGGAAAGAGACCUUGUUAUCUUGGAUCAAGGCGAGAUCAAGGCUCAAGCUGACUUGUCAUCUCUUGGGUCAAUUAACCUUGUUUUGAUAGAGCUUCUCUUCCAUUUGUUGCAUAUGUGGCUUUACCCAUGGAAUUCCAGAGAAAAGGUGAUGUAAGAGCAAAUAUCUAGUUUUGUCAUAACCCUUUCUCAUGGAGAACAGUAUUUAUGCAAUUAUGUCAUCACUUCCACGGCAAAACCUAACACUGAUUAAACAACUAGUUAACUAACACAGCAUUAAACAUGGUGAUUCCCAUCUAAACUGGUCUAUUAUUUAUGUGUUUUUAGAACUGCAGCUAGUUUGAAACCUAUAUAUAUUUAUAGGAUAACUUUUCUAUAUUGACACCAAACAUGUUUCUAUUAGUUUAUUAUCCCUAAACCAGUGUUUAAAGUAGGCAGAGUGUGUUUGACCAUUCUUAGGCAAUGUGGUAGUACUGUUUGUAGGAUAUUCCCCAUUAUGGGUCUGCAUAUGUAUUUUGGGUACCCAUGUAUUUAUUUUCAUAUGCUAAGACAAGCAUAUUUCUUUGUAUAAUAUUAUUUUCCACAACCUCAGUGAUCUACUUCUUUUAUUAUUUAGUUUGAUUUCAUAGGUCCAAGAUUGUAUUGAAUGAACAGGAAUUUGGGUUUUCUCA